CAUCGUUGACGAGUCAUACAAUGCGGUGGCGGUCGAAUCGCCGGGCCGCAUUGGCCGGACUCGGACUGAUUCUGUUCCUGCUAUUUCUGAUUGGGCCUCCAGGAGGACAGGACACUGUUACUCAACGGACACUGUCGCCCCACAAUGUCAACUUUGUUGCUGAGGGCGUCGGCCAACUGGACCGAGACAACGGCGACCGCUCGAGCAGUCCCGCCGAGCUGCUUGCUCAAAUCCAAAGUCUACAAGUGCAGCUGCAGGCCAGCCGGGACGAACACGAGCAGCUGCAGCUGCAGCUUCGCAGUGCACAGUCGAAUCGCCGUCGCGAGGAAGCGCUUCAGCCCCCGCUGUUGCCACCCGGUUCAGAGCCUCAAGUGCCGGCCCUUCCGUCCGACAGUGCAUCUUGCGACCAUUCCUGCCGCUUGUGGGACGAGUUGCCAGAGUACAUUCCCGCGCCUGUGGUGAUCAACGAGGCUGGACGCACAGAAUCCAACUUGAGGCACAACAACAACAAUAACAACAACAACAACCUCCUCGUCUCAAGGUUUGUGGAUCGCGAGCCCGUCUCCAGCCCACGAUGCAACCUCGUCGUCGCUGUUAUAAUGGAAAGCAACAACAUGACGUACGAAUGCUUCAGUCCCGAGAGCGAGCUGUACGCACUGCAUCCAAAGACCUGGCUGGCACAAGUCUCGGCGCGCGUGCCGGACUUGCUCAUCGUCGAGUCCGUGUGGCUUCAGCCCUGGACGAGUCGUGCAUUUGAGCGUUCUUCGGGCAGAUCGGCCGUUGCGUUGCGCGAGCUACUGGCAUGGUGUCGAGCACGAGGAAUCCCCACCAUCUUUUGGAACAAGGAGGAUCCUCCAAACUUUGACCGGUUUGGUCUGCGCAACCGCUUGAUUCGCAGCUUUGACUUUAUCUUCACGACAGAGGUCGCCCUUGUGACGCGCUACCAGGAGCUCGUGGGGCACAAGCGCGUGGCGGUUCUCCCGUUCGCCGCACAACCCUGGCGACACACCCCGAUCGGCCGCAAGCGCGACACUGUCGCCCCUCUGUCAGAGUUUGUGUUUGCCGGAAGCUUUGCCUUCACCUCCAAGUACUUUGACCGGAGCAAGCAUCUGGCCAUGCUGCUGGAUUCGGCCGUCAAGUACGGCACAGUGACCAUUUUCGAUCGCUACGUGACCGCGGCCAUGUAUCCCAGCUACAUUAAGCCGUUUCCAAAGCGAUUUCGUCGGUACCUGCGCUCGGCCGUCACGUACAAGUCCAUGAUGGAUUUGUAUCGCCAGUACAAUGUGAUGAUCAACGUCAACUCGAUUCACAACUCGGCGUCCAUGUUUUCGAGGCGCGCGCUCGAAGCCUUGAUGAGCGGUACUCCCGUGCUCUCCAACGCUUCGCCGGCCCUUCAAGCCAUGCUCGACUCGAAUGGAAUUGCGAUUGCCCACACCUCUGAGCAGGCAGACUACUGGGCAGACCUCCUCGCCACCUGUGCACUCGAGCGCGAGCAGAUGGCGGUUCGUGCCAGGCGACGACUGUUGCAGCGGCACACAUACCGGCAUCGGUUUGACAGCAUACUUGAGGUCAUUCUUGCACACGUCAAGGAGGCACCUUUUCGGACGGCGCUCGCGUCAGCGCGCAACGAAUUCCAGCCGUUGCAGUUUGCCAAUCCUCCGUUGGGCGACAGCACGAUUGUUCGUCAGAGGAUUGACCAGGUGUGCUCCCCAAUGCCUCGUCGCGUUAGUAUUGUUUACGUCCUGCAACCAUCCGAAAAUCUUCUGGCGGCGUUGGAGCGCCAAACUCGACAGCGAGCCGAGUUUGCGCUCUUGCAAACGCAACGACAGGCCGAGGAGCAACAGCAGCCACAGCCACAGCCACAGCCACAGCCACAGCCGCUCGAUGGAUCUGCAGAAGAGGAGGACGACGAGUCAGACAGCAGCGCUCCCAUGGACGAUGAGACUGAGCUUUCUGCGCGGCAAGCGCCCGCAUUCGGCAACCGAGCAGAGGGGUCCGAGUGGAGCUGGGCCAACACGGACUGUGACGUGGGCCAGGUUGUGAGGGUGCUGAACAUGGUGGGCACGUUUACCUACGAUGACUUUGAGCUGGUCUUUGCCGACUCGGUGCCAGGCCUCGUCGAGUGCAACAUGCGCGAAAUUAUCGCCUGGCUUGUGGCGGAGUAUCCUGGACUCGUAGGCCGCGUGCGCUUCGUCUCUACUGCGACAGGAGAGCGUUCAGCUCGCACACGGGCGCUUCCGAUGGGGGCCUGUUACAAUAUCCUGCUCCAGUCUGGCUCAUUGACGGGCUCGCACGUCCUGUUUCUGAACGGCCGCCAUUUCUACGGACCCAACUUUCUCACGGAUGCCAUGCAUGCCUUCACGCACACUGACGCGGAAAUUGUCGGCAAGAGCGCGGCGUUUGCUCUUGCCUUCGAAGCAGGCAACCACACGCACACCCGCAGCGCUGCAGACGCUCUUGAUUUAGAUGCCGCAGGCGAGCAGGAAGCCGGCACUACCUCCACGCCGAGCUGGCCAACUGUCUUGCACCGGUAUCAGCCGUCGCUUGAGUUUGAGUACGUUGACGUGAUUGGCGCGCCUUAUUCGGCGGUGAUUGCGCGCACAGCGCUAGACCGACUCGGCCGCAACGAUUGGGCAAGUAGUUCUCUCGGAAGCGUCGCAUUGCCUCGUGGUCCGUUCAAUCCGGUACAUGGACAGUGGCGGGCUCGCGGUGUCAGCGAACGCAACAACAUGGUGCCCGGUGCUGACGACGUGCGCCGCCAGGGUGCGCUCGAUGCAUUGGGGGAGUGGCUGAUUGCUGCGCAAGCCGCUGGAGUCACAAUGUACUCGGCUGACCGUUUCAACUAUGUCGCGACGGUCUCGACCACCACUCCCGACGGCGUUGUGCACCACCCAGAGCUGCGCUUUUCCGACACCACCAUUCGACCCAACGUUGUGCUUGUCUGAGCAAUUCAAUGUUUUGGGGUUUUCAUUUUUCAUUUUCGCUUUUGUAUUUUAAGCUUUCAGCUGUCUGUGUUCGUUCCAGAGCUUGUCCAUGUUCUAAAACAAAUAGUAAUCGGUUUUUAUCUA